CUCAGGCAGCACAAGGAGAGUAAAGUUAAGAUUCUGCAUAUCUGAGGAGCUAAUUCUUACCAUUUAAGACAAGGAUGAAUACUGCAAUCCAGUGCAUCGUUCUCCUGGCCUGCGUGGUCAUCUGCUCUUCAACAUCUAUUAAGCGCUGCCAGUGUGUAAACACAAAAAAGCAGAUGGACCCAAAACUCAUCGCUGAUGUCAAGGUGUAUAAACCUCGUCCAUACUGCAGCAAGACAGAAGUGAUUGUCUCACUGAAAGACAAUAAUCUGAUGUGUCUCGACCCCGAAGACAGAUUCACCAAAACCAUCCUGAUAGUAAUGAAAAUGCAGAAGGCACGACGAGCGGCUAAGAUGAACAACACUGUCCCAAAUACCAUCACAGCGGAAGCCACAACGCCAAACACAAUAGCACCAGUAUCAUAAACACACUGGGUGUUUAUCAUUUCAGUUUAUAAGCAGAGAGAGCAGCGCACCUCCUUGAAGUGCGGGUACGACUUGGUUCACAUCCUGCUUGUUUCUUUAGAAAGGUGGCACAAAACUGACUUGUUUUACUUCGCUUGUUCUGAAGAAUACGGGAAUAAGUUUUCCACACCGGCAGCUAUAACUAAAAAUAAGAUGUAAAUGUGUUAAAUAUUUAAUACUCCAGCAGCCCUAACUGAGUGUUAUGUUUUAUAUUAUGGCAUAUUUAGAAACAGUUUGUGAAGCCAGUGAAAUGUCCUUAGGGACAGAGACAGACACUGUUGAGGUGUGUGAUGUGUAAACAUUGAUGAGACUGUUGUUUUCUUAUCUAAAUGUUGCCUUAAGGUCGAAUCGAUGGUUAAUGGGCAGAAGGUUUUUCUACUACGCUGAUCUAAGACGCAACGUGAAAAGUAAAAGCAAUGUGCAAUUUCAAUUAAGAUUUAUUUGCAUUGCAUUUGUUUGUAUAAUUUGAAGGAUUUCUUUUUUUUACAAAUGUGUAUUUAUGUGUGCAUAUAUCUGUAUGUGUGUCAUGUUUGUUUUUGUCUUUUAUCAAGACUCAAAUCAUAAUCUGCCAAAUUAUUUCUUGCCAUGUGAUGCUGUUGAUGAAGAGCCGAAUAACUGCAAUAAAUCUGAUAUUUUAGAAAAAGAAAA